AUGGCAACCGAACUGGCGGCAAACCCCGGCUUUGGCGCUCUUCCUAACGAGCUCGUGAUGAGCAUCAUUGAUUGCAUGCCAAUCGAAAACCCAAAAGACAUUCGCAAUCUUAGCCUGACCAGCCGGCGCAUGUACCUUCUCUCGCUCGACCACUUGUACAGUCAUAUCUUGGUGUCCUGCCCCUGGCCGCUCACCCGAACCCUUCUUCAUGAUCCGAAGCUCGCGGCUCGUGUCCAGCAAGUAACAUGGAAUCUAAGUACCGGAAAAGACAAUAGCACUGAAAAUCGAGAAAUGCUUUCAAGGCUAAUGAGAUCGUUCGAGCCAAUCGGAGUAAAAUCGUCAAUAAAUCACGAACGGUUAACUACAACAUGGCGCGACCACGAGUUUAUGGCCUUCUUCAUAACGGUCACACCAGCCAUCGAAACGCUUACCAUUAAAGAAACGUAUGGAUGGAGAGAUAAUAGCUACUGGUUCGGCAAGCCUGUAUCAGAAGCAGGAACGCUCCAGAAUCUGAGAAACGUUCACAUACACGGCCCGCUCUGUCUUGAGCAAAUCGCACACUUAUUCCGUGUUCCUUCGCUGCGCAACGUGACUGUUGUCGAUAUCGUUCAGCUGGAGCGCCAACCUUACGAUUACGUUGAGUGGAACGAUGAAAUACCGCUUUAUACAGUACUCGAGAGGGGUGUUUCGGGUGUCGAAAACAUUGUCCUCAAGCGUGCUUGCGUGGAGACCCAAACACUAGCUCACUUCACCGAGGCAUGCAGACAACUCAAAAGUUUUGCCUACGAACAUGAUACCCACAACAAUCUGCGGAGCCGGCGCUCGCCAAAUCUCAUAUCAAAGUUUGAGAGUCUUUCCUCUGCGCUGACACACAACCGCACAUCGCUUGAGCGGCUAUCUGUCCGCGGCGACCACCACAUGCUCUACCAGAAGCACAUGCUGCAGGUAGCAAGAUUGGCUUCCAGAAUGACAAACUUGCGCUCCUUGGAUAUGGGCUUGAUAGCGCACGACGACGAUCCAGAACAAUGCACGCCCGAUUUCGUUGCUGAAUUGGUACGCUAUCUCCCGCCCACGCUCGAGGAGCUGACAUUUGAAAUCGACUGGCAGGAGCACUGGGGCUCAAAGGGAUGGGAGGGCCCGACGGAGAUACUGCGCCUUCUUGCUGAUAUCGCACCUGCGAGGCUACCUCUGCUCAAGAGAGUAGCGGUUGUCGAUUGGCCACCGAAAUUGGGGCAUUUCCCUCCAGACUUUGCCAUGCUAUAUCAAUGCUUUUCUGAGCAUAAUAUACAUUUCGCCUCGAUUCCUGUCACUAUCGACGCGCCAGAUCCAAUACGGAUAUCAGACUGUGUCGAGCCUGGGUGGGUUUUUGUAGAAGUUGCUGAUGUGGAGUGGCAUUACUGA